AUGGCGAAGGACCGCUUCGUUCGCAACCUCUUCCCGGGGCUCGAGCUGUCGGUGGCCGACAAGGCCGAGCUGCAGGCGCUCGUGUCCACCUUCAUCGAGGAGCAGCUGCCUCGCUACAUGGAGUUCCGGGCGGAUGACAAGAAGGUGGACACCAACCGCUGGAAGCUCUACAAGACCAAGGACAACGCGCGUCUGUACUCGGAGCGGGGCUCGACCAAGGGCGAGGACCAGGAGGUGACCAACAUGCCCGUGAUCCUCUGCGAGGGCUCCAUCCCGGGCAAGCUCGAGGACGUCAUGUUCGGCGUCAUCAGCCCCACGUUGGAGAGCAUGCGGCUCAAGGCGUCGUACAUCGACGAUAUCAGCAGCGCGUCCGUGCUGUCCACCAUCGUCAAGCCGACGCCCGAGGACCCACUGCAGUCUCUGGAGCUCAAAUGGAUGCAGCUGGACCUGCCGCUGCGCUCGACCAAGAUGGUCAAGAACCGCGACUUCGUCUACAUGGAGGCGACCGGUAUUAUGCGCACGGAAGACGGCGAGGAGAUCGGGUACCACAUCCAGCACUCCAUCGGCCUCCCUCAGGCCCCCGAGCUGCCGAACCUCGUGCGUGGCAACUGCCACCUCUGCGCCUUCUUCCGCCAAGAGCGAGACCUGUCGGUCGAGAUGUACGCGACCGGAGCGUGCGAGCCCGGAGGUCCCGUCUUGAAGUCGCUGCUGCUUCACCCCAUUGCGUCCAUGCUGCUGGCGUGCACGGAGUACGCGCACUGCGGCGAGAUGAAGAAGCUGUCGUGGAUCAUGGAGCACCGCAACGCCCAGAAGAAGCAGAUGGGCGCCAAGCGCAACGACGACAAGUGCGUGAGCUGCUCCACGUCGGUCAGUCACAGCCGGAUCGGCAAGCUCAGCACGACGCGGGGCUCGUGCAAACUUUGCUUCCAGGCGGUGUGCCGCUCGUGCCGCGUGCGUAAGCUGCUGACCUUCAUGGAGCCCGACCUCAAGUACGAGAAGCGCAAGGUCACGUUCUGCCCCGUGUGCAUCAAGGACGCACUCAGCGUCAGUGCGCUGCAAGUCGCGAGGGAUCAGACUUUGGUCCCGAAGAAGCAAGGAAUCUACCGCUCCGGUAGCGAAUUCUCCGUCACGUCUUCAUCUGAUUCUAAUUAA